GUUUUGAUUGGUGAACUCGUCUGAUAGUUUUGCUCCAUUUCUUUGCCUGGAGUGGUAAAAUGGCGAGCUCCAGAGUAAUGACAAAAAAAGAGGCCGCAAGAAGAAGAGCAGAUAAUAUUGAUUUUAAUAUCAAGCUACUAGAAGCUACACUAACGCAUCUGAAUUUUCUGGAAGAAAUCAGCCAGAAUCGCUUCUUAGAAAACCCAAAGUUCAUCACGUAUGCAAUCAAGCGAUAUGAAAUGUUUUGGUUACCACUGCUCGCAUCACAGGGGUUUAAAGCCGAGCCUCUCGCGGCGCCGAUCGAUAUAGAAUGGGUAUGGCACGCGCAUAUGUUAGCCCCUCAGGAAUACACCAAAGAUUGCAUAACCGUAGUCAGCAGGGUGCUUGAUCACCGCGUCAUGUCGAAAGAGGAAAGGGUCGCAUCGAAGCAGAGGGCACGAGAUUUGUGGGAUGAUUUGUAUCCAGAUGAGAACUUUGAAGUGGAUUUCGAGGACGAGCAAACUUUGCGAGAUAUCAACUCGCCAUAUCAGACUCCGUUCGUUUCGCGGAUAUUUUAUGAUUUACGAUCAGCCCUUGAACGUCAGAGGGUGUUUAACUAUCAAGUCAGCCUGCCGCAUUACCGAAGCUUGAAGUUCCUCGAGUGGGCAUCCGUCCGGUACAGGCGGUUUCUAUUUCUAAACGUUCGUAACCCCGGAGAAACGCUGGUGCCAUGUUUUGACAUCGCCCUAAUUUGGCACGUACACCUUUUGCACCCUCAUAUGUACAGAGACGAUACUACCGCGUUGCUUGGCAAGGUACUGCCACACGACGACAAGCAAUUUAUGCGUCAAAUCACGGACCGGUUUAAGGAAGCGUUGGAAUGUACAUCGUCUCUGUGGCAAAACACGUACGGGGGAGAGUAUAACUGCCGGGGUACGUCAUAUCGAGGCGACCCACCAACAGACAUACAGCAGUACGAUGUCUCUUCUUUUAAAACGGACUACUUUAUCUUAGUUAUUGAGAAAUUAUCACUCAGGGCGCCCCCUUUAGCCGACGACUUCAUAUUGAGUAUGCGAUUUCUUGACGACAGCAAACUAUCGGGUAAACGAUUCCGCAGACGAGGAUUGGUAAUUGAAUGGGAAAACAAAACACACGAUGAUUUGACAAUGUUUGCUUUUCGGGAGAGUAAAAAUCCAAUGUUACAGUUUAAGUUAAAGAUGAUAAAACUCUUAGGAAGCGAGACUAUUGGCAUGAUGAUUGUCCCCGUUACCACGUUCAUGGAUAAAACUUCGAACAGCCAUCUCAUCGAAUACACAGCCAUGCUCAUGGACCACAAGUCGCGACAUUCAGGAAUCAAGCUAGAUUUGGCAUUUCGGAUUCUGCCGGAUAUAGGGCUCACCAAAAUGAAAGUGAGAUCAGGAGCUUUUUCUAUGAGCGAGGCUGAGAGUAUGUACGGAUUCGGUGGCAAGGACGACCCGAGACGACAGUCAGUGAGGGCCAGCUCAAGGACUGACCUUAAUGCUGUUAGUCCAUCGUCCUUUCAAAUGAGACAAAUGUCUGAUGGAGGCACUAAAGCAGCAGUUCACGCCGUUAUCAACCAACUUCACCAGCGUGUGUUCACCGUACGCGUCUUUCACAAGACGACGUACGAUGCUGCUAGAAUCGAGAUCCUGGACCACGAUGGUUAUAUGGUGGCACUUUCCGAAACUAUUGAUCCACACGUGCUUCCGAGUUAUAAACAGAUAUUGGACACAGAAGUGGAAGAGCGAUGUACGCUAGAGACAGGGGAAAAUGAACGCGCCAUGAUGAUCAGGGGUUCCCGAAGUGACUGGGGCAUCUGCCGCGGGAAAUGGACAUCGAGUGGUGGGAAGGGCCACGAUGGUCACCAUGGUAAUAUGAAGCCGAUGUUUCUCUUCUUUGGAUUGUCGAAAAAGAUGGAGAGAAAAAGAACACUGUUGGAGAGGAGUGGGCAUGUGUUUAGAUUAGCUAACGUACUAACUCUUGACCUUGAACAUGGAAAGCUACGAAUCAAAUGCCCCGAUUUGUCCGACGCUGCCAAUGUAGUAGCAUUAGCCUUCUCCGUCGCUCUUCUACCGAUUAUGACGAGUCCAUGUCGUGAAAUCAGCUGCCAAGACAAGAAAUCCUUACUGCACAAAAUCAUCGAGUUGCCAAUGGUUACAUUAUCUGGAUAUGAUUAG